GCCUGCUCAAAGACACGCAGCCUGCAAAGCCAAUCAAAAUGGUUGAUCACUGCACCAACGGAAACCACUGCACUAAUGUGCGUGUGUGAGUGUGUAUGCGGUUGUUUGUAUGUGUGUGUGUGUUCGUGUUAGAAUGAGUAGAGUGGGGGUCUCACACACAGAGCCCCGUACAGAGGGACAACAAUGAUCCCAGUGAGAGAGCAGGACAGAGGGGAGCGGGGCGGCUGAUAGGGGCUUAUCGCCCUGGAGACCAGGCCAGGGGCUGUGUUGUUCAUGACGAUUAGGCAUGGAGGAGCUCAGAACACAAGAUCUGUUGAAGAUGCACUGGUCUCCGGAGCACGCGGCCCCCCUGUCCCAGUGGCCUGAGCAGCACCUGGAUGUGUCUUCCACCACCUCCCCUCCCUCUGCCCACAAACACGACUCACGUGGUUACACCACUGCAGCCGGAUACCCCUGGGCCAGCGACGACAUCUCUGCCCUCACCGCCUCUUCCUUGUUAAAACGCUAUGCCGAAAAGUACUCAGGCCUGGAGCUGCCCUACGAAAGGCCUGCCCCAGGGGCUUACUCAGAGCUUGGGACCUUCCUGAAGAGUGAGACUGAGCCCUGGGCCCUGGGGCAGGGCAUGGAGUGUUACCCUGCGCUGGAGGCCCUGGCAGCAGGGGCCAAAGUGGGAUCAGCAUCAGUGGGCCUCCCUGGCACGGGCAGUGUGACGGUGGUGAACAGUAACUUGACCUCUGACCCUGGGUAUAGUGGUGGUGGCUCCUGUAAUGGCCCCCCCUCUCAGGACUACCCCCUCUCCUACAACAGCACCUACCUCUCCUCAGGAUACUGCCUCCAGCCCGGCUCAGCACUUCCCCCAGCCUCUCUGCAAACCACCCCCAUCCUGGUGUCCAGCUACAACCCUACCAACCCUGUAUACAACUACCCGCCAGGCUGCUACCCCCACCUCCAGACCAGCCUGGCAGCCAGCUACAGCCACAGCCACCCCAGUGCCUCCUACCUCCCCUCUGGGCUGAGCACCCCUACCCCCCUGACCCCCCGGUCCACCAUGGAGGGGGGCAGCUAUGGCUACCCCAGUCACAGCCUAGGGGCCGGCUCUGAGACAGGAGGGCCGCUGAAACGCAAGGCCUUUGAGAUGGCGGAAGAGGGGGAGGAGGGAGGAGGAGAUGGCUCACGGUACAGGAAGUACGGCAACGGCCACAGCAAGAGCCACGGCAAUGGUCACGGCAACGACUACGACAUAGCGGGCUCAGAAGUCCAGGCCUACAAGCCCGGCAAGCCUCUGGUGUCGCCUCCUUAUGGUGGGCAGGGGGAGUACAGCCCCUCCUCAGGCCUAGGGGGGGAGAGUGGGGGAGGAGGGGAACAUGGCUUCCCCCAUCAGAGGCUGGCCAUGAAGAUGCCUGUGUCACAUGCACGAUCUGAGGACCCAACUGGAGGACGCUAGUUCAGGCACUUGAAAGGAAAACUCUCUGGGGGUCCCUCGGUUUUAUUGUUAUUUGAAAACCAAGUAGAGUACUUACUCUGACAAAAACUGGGGGCAAUAAUAAUUGGAUUUUGCAAUGAGAGGUCAUGUGAUCUAACCAGAAAGGAGAGAAAAUGGCAAAUGACUUGAAUCCGCCUCCUAUCUUAUAUCAUUUUCAUUCUUAGAUUUUCUCCAGAGUCAAGGGGCACUUUGUCCUGUAUGGGUAUGGUGGGGUGGUGUGAGGACAGAGGGAGGGAUCUAGAUGGAUAGGGCUAAAUCAGGCAGUCAAUGGAUUACCGACCGCUUCUCUCAGGAUCCUAUUUAUUUCCCAAUCUGCUACGACAGUGACAUUGCAAUGUUGUUGUUUUGAAGCGUUGCUCUCUUAAUUGGAGUGGCCACUUGAUAUGGAAAGGACGUUUGACUCUAUUACCUCCUACAGCACCAUAAGAAUCAUAACCUUUCAGACCAAAAAGUAGAGAAGAACAUAAUUGAUGUGAUGUACUUUAAUAACAUGACACCACGAGCACAAAGACAGCUCUUCUGAGGCUUGGUGCCUCUAUACAACUCGCUUUGAAACGAAUGUCCCCCUCUCCCCCCUUCCCUUUUCCCUGUUUUCUUUUGACAGUGUUUCUAUGUUAUUUCUCCAUCUUUCUCUCCAUUUUCACCAUGUUUUCCCGUCCCUGCUUUUUCUCAGUUUGUUUCACUCACUCACUCUUUUUCUUUUUCUGUUAAAGCUGCAAUAUGUAACUUUUUGGGCAACCUGACCAAAUUCACAUAGAAAUGUGAGUUAUAGAUAUGUUAUUCUCAUCGAAAGCAAGCCUAAGAAGCAGUAGAUCUAUUCUAUGUGUGCUAUUUCUAUACUUCCCGUUCUUUAGUUUUUGCUUCUUUUACUUUCG